AUGUCAGAAGUCACGUAUGACGAGAAAGCGGAGAACGUUGUCGUCGAGUACGAACGGCAACCACGACCUCGUUCCACAAUUCGAGAUGUCCUCAACAAACAGAGCUUUGCCAAUGUGGCAGCAGUGAUAUGGAAGUUUGGAAGAUUCAUGGGUCCGGGAACGAUCAUCAGUGUGGCGUACAUCGACCCGGACAACUUCCAGACCGCAAUAUCGUCAGGAGCAGAAUUCAAGUACAAGCUGUUAUUCAUGGUAUUGGUAUCCAACGUCAUUGCUAUCUUCCUGCAGUCACUUGCCGUCAAGCUUGGAACGGUCACGGGAAUGGAUUUAGCACAGAUGAAUCGAGCACAUCUUCCAAGCUGGCUCAACAUAGGACUAUGGAUCAUGGGCGAAGCUAUGAUCGUUUGUACAGAUAUUGGCCAAGUUAUCGGUACUGCAAUCGCUAUCAAUAUCCUGAUACCGAAGAUACCGCUCGUCGCAGGCUGUGCACUAGCUGUUGUCGACACUCUAUUCAUCCUCUUCUUCUACAGGCCGGAUGGCUCUUUACGAGCUCUUCGUGGAUUUGAACUCUUCGUUGGCGCUUUUGUGCUGGCGGUGUUCAUUUGCUUCUGUAUAGAGCUUUCUAUGAUUACCAACACGUCUGCACGGCAUGUGAUGGAUGGCUUCCUCCCGUCUAGAGAAAUAUUCGUAUCUAAUGGACUGUACGAAUCAUGUGCCAUCUUGGGCGGUACUCUCAUGCCUCACACGCUUUACCUUGGUUCAGGCAUGGCACAAGCUCGUCUCCGGCAUUUCGAUAUCAAAAAUUCUCAUUACCGGGAAGCAAUGACCACUUCCAGGCCUCAAGGAAUCAAGCUCUACCGACCUUCACUCUCAGCUAUCAAGUCCUGUUUGAGCUAUUCUAUCGCUGAGCUUUGCGUUACCCUCUUCAUCGUAGCCGUGUUUGUCAACUCUGCCAUCCUCAUCAUCGCUGCCGCAUCUCUUGACGAAUCGGCACAGGACGCAGAUUUGUUUGGUAUGUAUGCACUCUUCGUACAGGACAUCUCACAGGCGGCUGGGACAAUGUUCGCUCUAUCACUGUUGUUCUCUGGAAUAAGUGCAGGUAUUGUAGCAACAAUGGCAGGUCAGAUGAUCGCAGAAGGAGCAAUCAACUGGCGAAUUCGACCUUUUUAUCGACGUCUCUUAACUCGUUCUGUUGCCAUCGUCCCGGGCAUCAUUAUUGCAGCGGCAGAGGGAAGACAGGGAAUGGCUGCUGCUUUGAAUGGUUGCAAUGUUGUGCUUUCAGUAGCCUUAAUUUUUAUGACGUUCCCGUUGCUUUGGUACACAGGGUUUAGUAAGUAUAUGAUGGUUGAAACGGAGGUCGGAGAGAGUGUAAUUACAAUGAGCAGUGAUGUUGAGGGGAGUGAGGUGCGGCCUCCGGCUAUCAGUAUGGCGAAUGGAUGGGUUACAAGUGUGGUUGGGUGGUUGAUUUGGGUGUUGAUUGCGGCCAUGAAUGUUGCUUCGUUGGCAUUCUUGGGAAUGGGGAUCGGCGGGGAUUGA